AUGGGGUACACGCCGUUGCAUCAGGCUGCCCAGCAGGGUCAUGCAAUUAUUGUCAAGCUUCUGUUGGAGUACGGCGCUUCGCCUAACGUUGUUAAUUCGGCCGGACAAACACCACUGGCUAUCGCUCAGAAGCUCGGUUACAUCAGCGUCGUCGAAACGCUACGUACCAUAACCGAGACUACGAUCAUAACGGAAACGACAACAGUGACCGAGGAGCGUUAUAAGGUUCUGGCACCCGAGACCAUGCAGGAAACAUUUAUAUCUGAAUCUGAGGACGAAGCAGACGAGUCGAAAGAGCUUGACGUGCUCGUUAGCCCCAGUCCAUUUUCGACUUUGCGAGACCUCGGCGUGCGGACCGACUCGCAGAUGCUUGACACGUCCUUCGGUAGCUCCCUGUCACGGUUGAGUCCCGGCUUUAAGGUCGCCACCGACCAUAGCUAUAAACGCGCCAGCGCAGAAGACUUCCUAAUCUCGCCCGAAAGGCAAGGUAGUUGCUUCAGCGUUUUGCUUCUUAUUUUCUAUUCUUACUCGUUUCUGUGA